CGUUUGGCCCCGCCCACUAUCAGGGCGGUACUGUACAUGGCGGCUGCCUGUCACUGAGGGGGAUGUGGAGCGGCCUGAUGCCGGCCGGGGCUCGGGAGAGCGACCUGUCCGAGGAGGAGGAGGAGGCCGGGGUGGCCGGGCAGGAGGAAGAGGAGGCCGGGGUGGCCGAGAGCUGCGUCACUAAGUUCUUGGAUCUUCAGAAGAAGCGACGCGAGUUACAGGCUGAAUGUGCGCGCAGAGAGAGGAGGACGCGGCGCAGGAGAGGGAAAUGUAAGCGUCGGCAGUCGGAAGAUCUGAAGAGGGACCACAGUCCAGGUCCGGACAAGAUGUCGCCUCUGGAUACUCUACAGAAAUACUUUGGGAAUAACGACCACCUGGAGCCUCCGGUGUGCCAGAAGAUCCUGAAAAAGUCACGCCUCGAGGACAGUUUGGACCAAGCAUUGCAGAAUGGAGACAUUGAAGUGGCGGAGCAACUUAGCGACAGGCUGGCGACCCGUGAGAUUGCGGUGAAGAUCACCAAAGCCGCGUCCUGUCACAGGUAUGUGACCGCCAAGGAGGAGCAAGAAUCCGGGCAGGCGAAUGAGAAGAGGCAAAAGCCGAUGGUCUGGGGGUUUGAGGCCAAGAAGAGAUGGGAAACCAAAAGCAACAUGGGGUACAUGUAGCGGAGGGAGCAGCGCCGGCGUCCCAGGGGGUGGGAGAUCUGCGCCCAUUACUGGCCCACCCACAAUCCAGAUAUUCCUGGGACCGCCCUUACACACUGGGUGUGGCCUCAGUAUAAGUGGGCGUGUCCUCAGUAUAAGUGGGUGUGACCUCAGUAUAAGUGGGUGUGGCCUCAGUAUAAGUGGGUGUGGCCUCAGUAUAAGUGGGCGUGUCCUCAGUAUAAGUGGGUGUGACCUCAGUAUAAGUGGGUGUGGCCUCGCCCCACAUUUGCUAUAGCAGUGUUUGUGCUUUGUGUGAUGUCAGCCAGGUUUCUAUCAUGCGGUGAUAUGGGAAGUGACACUGGAACCUGUUCAGUCCCUGUAUCCGGCGCUGUGAUGUCAGCGGGCGCAGGACGGGAAUCGGUAACAGACCUAACAAUAGCAAAGUAAGAAAUCCAUCCGUUACCGUUAUUCUGUCCCCCAUUAUACAAUAAACGUCAUUAUUUUUCCAUGAAA